AUGGAAGAAAUAAAGGAGGAGGUGCUGGAUGGGUUUGAACCAAUUGAUGAAGACCACCUCAGUUUGAAAGAAGAAAUCUUAGAAUUCCUCUCCCAAGACGUUAAUUUACAAGGAAUGGAGGAGAUGGAUGGGGAUAGAAGAGCUAAAAUGAUUUAUUUAAGCUCUUUUCAGAGAUGAUUGCAGGCGAUUGAUAAAUAUGUAGCUGAAGAGAGAAGAGAUAAAAUUGAUGAAUGAAAUACACUUUGAGAGCAGUCUAGAAUAGAAAUUGAGCAGCAGGCGGGGAAGUUAAAAAAUCCAAGGCUUAUACUAGAUAUGUUAGAACUGAAAAAGAUUGAAAAUAAUAUAGAUAAGCUUUGGAAUGAGCUUAGAACUAAAAAUCUUUACAAAGAGUUUAUCGAUUACAGAGUUUAUAGCCAAUUUGUUAAUCGAGAUGAUGAUAUUAUGAACAAGUAUAAGGCAAUGUUGAAGAAGAAAGAUAAUGAUGUUCGCAAUUGAAGAAUAAAGUUAAUGAAAAUAUUAAACAAAGUUGGUCAUCUAAGCAAAGCCAAUGUCAAAGAUAGUGAUUUAGAAGAUAUAAGACGUUUGGCAGGAGAAAGAGAGAAGAGAGUUCCUGGGCUUUAUGAGAAUAAUACAAAUCAAGCUUCAGUAAAGAGUAGGCUUGGUUUUGCUAUUCCGGAACCUCAAGUGCAAUCGUUAAGAGAUAAUAGUUCUAUUAUUGGACCAAGCCUCAGAAGACAAAGGAAGCAUAAAGAAAAGCAUCAAGAUAUUAUAGAAUUAGACUCUAAUGAUGGAAACAGUCCAAUAUUUAAAACAAUUCAAAGAAAUAAAAAUCAAAUCCAAAGUACAGGGAUUACUUCUAACAUGGAUCGUCUCCAAGUGCAGGCCAAAAGUGAAGGAAGAAGUUUUGUCAAUGCCUCUCGAUCAAGAAGAAAUCAAAAUGGAUCAAAACAAGAAAUAGAGAAAGCCAAAUCAAAAUAUUUUACCAAAACUGAGAAUAUAUAUAAUAAAGAAUUAAAUGGUCAAGUCUCUAAAGAAGAGGAUUUAAAUCAUACCCAAUAUUACAAUUUCCCAAGCUCAAAAUCUAGUGGUUCCUCUUCGGUGCUAACAAUGUUAACUCCAGAAAAUCCAAUGAUUCAUUUCCCCAAACUGCCUGAUAUCUCUUCACCUAAAAACAACAGCAUGAGUAUGGGACAAGAAGUCCAUCACAUAAGUUCCAAAUUAAAUCAAAUACCCAAAGAUGGCAGGAGCCAAGAGCCUAUUGAAGAGUGUAAAGAAGAGUCUAAGUCGGACAUAUACAUGGACGAUAGAAGCCAACACUUUGAUGACAACAUAAGUUAUCCUCUAGAAGGCUCUUCCGUGAUGCACGACUUAUCUAAUGAGGAAGAUCUAGAAUUUAUCCAGAAUUGCACAAGAAAGCUACCUAAUUUGCAAACCAUUGGAUUCUGUAUCAGUGACAAGAUUCCUGAGUGCUUAUUAAGUUUCUUGGCAAACUAUUUCCCUGAUGAAGUGCAAUACUGUAAAUUUUAUUGACCGGUGAGUUCUAAAUAUUUGGAAUUUAAUAUUUCAAAAGAAAUAUGACUUAUAAGUUGUAAAGUUCUCAAAACAUUUGAAUUUAGUUGAUUUAAAAUCACUCAAAUUGAACUCGAAUGGUUUAUCUCUGAAUGUACAAUUACGCAUGAAAUUAUAUUCAGCCAUUGCCUAUUUGAUAUACCAGAUCCCUCAAACCUCUUCGGUUGGUGAACAAGCCCAAAUAUAGGGAAAUUGGUUUUUGAUAGAUGCCAAGUCAGUUUAGUUGAAAAUCCUUAUGAUUCUCCAAAGUUCAUAAGCUUUGAAGAGAUCCUAAAAUCUAAAACAAUUUCUGAUGCUUUCAAAAAUCUAAUAGUUUGCUCUCAAACUUCUCAACACAUUUGAUAAAAUUAUGAUUAAAAAUUUAAAAGUUAAAAUAAGUACUUCAACU